UACCAAAUGCUAACCAAUAUUAAUGUGAUAUUUUAAAAAUAUAAUAAUAUAUGUUUAUUUAAUUACUGUAUUUGCCAUUUUUUAAUAAUGUAAAUUUUAUUUUCAAAAAAAUAAAAUUAAACAUUUUGAUUAUCUAUUACACAAAAUGACCAUGGUCUUUUUAAAAUUAGUGCUUAAAAGAGCCAAACGGAUACUAUCGUCAACUAAUUGGUCUUCAAUAAGUCAUCCAUUAUUUAUUACAAAUUAUCUAAAAUUAAUUAGUGAUAAAUAUAUUUAUACCGGCAUUAUAUGCUUAAUUCAAUUGUCAUAUGGCUACAGCUGUUCAUCAUUUGGUCCUUCGUUUGUAGAUUUGAAACACAUAUUUAAUUCAUCAAUGAAUGAGAUCUCAAUCGUCACGACAUUCAAUAGCUUCGGAUAUAUGGUUGGAUCGCUUUGUGGUCUAGUCAUUAAGCACAUCAACAAACGAUUAGCACUGGUAUUAUCAUUGGUACUGAUGUCGGUGUCUGUCAUAGCUAUACCACAUUCACAACAUUUACAACAACUUUAUUUAUUUUUCUGGUUGUUUGGCUUCGGUAGCGGAGUGUAUGUUAAUGUCAAGUAUGUGUGGCUAAUAGAUAUGUGGCAAGAGUUUAGUGCACCGAUACUACAUUUGGCCGGUUUUAUGUUCGGCAUCGGACAUACAUUAGGUCCGCUUAUUGAGAAAUCAUAUCUUACAGGUGAAGUGCUCAACGAUUUUCAUGAAAAACAUGGACUUCUUCACAAAAACAACUUAACGGCACUCGAGGAGCAUAUGCUUGAAGUAGGGUUGCCUGAAGUGAGACGACAAAAACUAGUCACUCCUUUCCUUAUUUGCGGUUUAUUUCAUAUCAUAAGUCCCAUACUAUUGACUAUAAUAUUUAGGACACGCGGCCCGAGUCGGUCACGCAAUGUUAGCAUCAGUGGCAACAACAACAGUAACACCAUUAGCGCCAACACUGACAACAAUAGCAAUAUUAAGGAUGAAAGUGAUGAUCAAAAUAGUUUUCAAAUAAUAGCUAAUAAUACAGCAAAAACUAACGGCUCCGUUACCUCAAACGAAAAGGUUCGAAAAAAGCUAUUUGAGACCCUACCAUCCCAGAAAAUCACCAUGAUCAUUAUGCUGGCAGCACUGUUAGCUUUUUUCAGUGCCGGCGAAAGUAUAUUUUUUGCAUUCAGUGCCACAUACUUUCAGUAUAUUCCGCUUAAAUUGAGCGCCGGUAGUGCAGCACAACUCGUAUCGAUGAUAGCCUUGACGUUUACCGUAAGCCGUGGUGUGGCCAUACUAUUGGCCAUUAGGACUUCACCGCAACAAAUCAUAGCUAUAUUCCUAUCCAUACUAAUAGUCUCUAUGUUUAUGUUGUUUUUUGCCACCAAUUCACUACCCCUGUUAUGGCUGUCCGUAAUGAUGAUGAGUUUCGGCUACAGUCCUGUCUAUGCGUCGGUAUUUGCAUUUAUGGGCCGUUAUCUUGAAUUUACUAACAGUCUUAACACUGUUAUGUUGCUCAGUGCCAAUAGCCUUAAUCUUGUACUACCGGGCCUUUUGGGUACUUAUAUUGAAGUUAUGCCAAACAUAUAUUUAUUAACAAUGCUAUUCUGUACAGUAAUAACAAAUAUUACAUCCAGAUAA